CGUUGGCUGUCCAUAAAGUUUUUGCUUUCCCAAGAUGGCGGCGCCCAUGAGCAGACACCCCCUCGUGGAUUUAAGAAACUGAGCUUGUACGCAGAACUAUUAUUGCAGUCGGAAGAAUGGCUUCCACUCGUCAGAGAUUUGGAGUGUAUUCCUCAUUUCUGAGAGGCCUGCUAAGUGUCCAAGCGCGUGCAGUUACUUGGGAAGGGAAAUUAAUUCCUGGAUGUAUCCGAUGCAUUUACAGUGCCACAGGGAAGUGGACAAGGGACUAUACUCUGCAGACCAGAAAGGAAGUUGAAAAAUGGUGGCAUCAAAGAGUCAAGGAAGAGUUCUUCAGAAUGUCAGAGGUGGACAAAUUGAAGCCCAAGUUCUAUGUGCUCUCCAUGUUCCCUUAUCCUUCAGGAAAGCUCCACAUGGGCCACGUUCGUGUCUACACCAUCAGCGAUGUGAUGGCGAGAUUUCAGAAAAUGAGAGGGAUGCAGGUUAUUAAUCCAAUGGGAUGGGAUGCAUUUGGAUUACCUGCUGAAAACGCAGCAAUUGAACACAGUCUACAUCCUCAAAGUUGGACACAGAGUAAUAUUAAACACAUGAAGGAACAGCUUGAUAAACUAGGCCUGUGUUUCGACUGGGACCGGGAAGUAACUACUUGUUUGCCAGAUUAUUACAAGUGGACCCAGUACCUCUUUAUUAAAUUAUAUGAAGCUGGACUAGCUUACCAAAAGGAGGCCUUGGUUAAUUGGGACCCAGUAGAUCACACCGUGCUUGCUAAUGAACAAGUAGAUGAAAAUGGCUGUUCGUGGCGUUCAGGAGCAAAAGUGGAACAGAAGUACCUGAAGCAAUGGUUUAUUAAGACAACUGCUUAUGCAAAGGUGAUGCGCGAAGCUUUGGCUGACCUUCCCGAGUGGUACGGAAUAAAGGAGAUGCAGGCCCAUUGGAUAGGAGACUGUGACGGCUGCUAUCUUGACUUCACUUUGAAGGUUAGUGGCAGAGUAACCGGGGAGAGAUUGUCUGCUUAUGCUUUAACCCCAGAGGCUAUCUAUGGAGCAUCUCACAUUGCCAUCCUGCCCAGCCAUCACCUCUUACAUGGGAAUAGCAGCCUGAAGGAAACCUUCCAGAAGGCAUUUAUUCCAGGCAAAGAUUGUCUCACACCCGUGACCGCUGUAAACAUGCUCACCGGUCAAGAAAUCCCCGUUGUCAUUGUGGCCGGGACGAAAUUGGAAGGCUCCCUAGACACCAAAAUAGGAAUUCCUGCCACUAACCCAGAAGAUGCCAAAAUAGCCCAAAAUCUGCAUCUCCCUUUCAAAGAAGUCAUUGAAACCUCUUCAGAUGGCACUGAAAAGCUGAUCAACUCUGCUGAGUUCACAGGCAUGACUCGGCAAGCAGCCUUUGAAGCCCUGACCCAGAAAGCCAUGAAUAAUAGAGUCGGUGGAGAGAUAACAAGUAAUAAGCUAAAAGACUGGCUGAUAUCUCGCCAGCGUUACUGGGGAACGCCAAUUCCUAUGAUUCAUUGCCAGUCCUGUGGAACGCUUCCUGUGCCUUUGGAAGACUUGCCCGUGACUUUACCCAAGGUCACGUCCAUCACGGGCAAGGGAGCCUCCCCCUUGGCCACCGCCUCAGAGUGGAUCCGCUGCUCCUGUCCCAGGUGCAAAGGUGCAGCCACAAGAGAGACAGACACCAUGGAUACAUUUGUUGAUUCAGCUUGGUAUUAUCUCAGAUAUACUGACCCACAGAAUACGCACAGCCCCUUUAACAAAGCUGUGGCUGAUUACUGGAUGCCUGUGGAUCUCUAUAUUGGAGGAAAGGAGCAUGCAGUGAUGCAUCUGUUCUAUGCAAGAUUCCUGAGCCAUUUUUGCAGUGCACAAAAAAUGGUCAAGCACAAAGAGCCUUUCCACAAGUUGCUGGUUCAAGGCCUAAUCAAAGGGCAGACGUUCCGUCUACCCUCUGGCCAGUACCUGAAGAGAGAGGAAAUCGAUCUCACUGGUAAGGAACCUGUUCAUGCAAAAACCAAAGAAAAGUUAGAAGUGACAUGGGAAAAAAUGAGUAAAUCCAAGUACAAUGGAGUAGAUCCUGAGGAAGUGGUGAAGCAGUAUGGGAUCGACACCGUGAGGUUGUACGUGCUUUUUGCGGCCCCUCCAGAAAAAGAUCUCCUGUGGGAUGUGAAAACUGACGCUCUCCCUGGGGUGCUGAGGUGGCAGCAGCGCCUGUGGGCCGUGACCACCAAGUUCCUCGAGGCCAGGGCUUCUGGCCAGGUGCCCAGCCCCGACUCGCUGAGCCCCAAGGAGCGGGAGGAAGCCCGGAAACUCGGGGAGUACAAGAACUCCAUCGUCUCCCAGGUAACUACCCAUUUCACAGAAGAUUUCUUAUUGAAUUCUGUGAUUUCACACCUGAUGGGACUCAGUAAUGCACUCUCGCAAGCUUCUGAAAAAGUCGUUCUACACAGUCCAGAAUUUGAGGAUGCUUUGGCUGCCGUCUGUAUAAUGGCUUCACCCUUGGCCCCUCACAUAACCUCAGAGCUCUGGGCAGGUCUGGCCCAUGUGAAGAAUAAGCUCUGUACCCAUUAUGAGUGGGACGCCGGCAUCUUGCGUCAGUCUUGGCCUGUGGUGAAUCUCCAACCCAAGCAGCAGCCCGACAUCGUGGAGAUGGCGAUUCUGAUCAACAACAAAGCUUGUGGCAAGAUCCCUGUGCCUCAGCAAGUGGCCCGAGACCGGGAGAAAAUCCACGAGAUAGUUCUCCAGAGCGAGCUGGGAAGGCAGCUCCUGCAGGGCCGGACAGUCACCAAGGCCUUCCUCUCUCCACGUACCGCACUCAUCAACUUCCUGGUGCAGGACUAAGUGGGGUUUGGGGUCUCAGCCUCUGACUCUCUGCUGCUUCCCAAGGAAGUCUUAGCAGGGUGCCCGCAAGGAAGGGAGAGCUGUCCCAGCCCUGGUGUGAGAAGACAAAAGGGGGAAAGGGGAGAGGUCCUGCUACUGGCUUGAUGGCUGGGCUGGAGGCCAGAGACAAAGGGAGGGGCAAGUUUCCUGGGCCUCCCCACUGCAGGGGACCACGGUUGGGCUUCAGAACCGGCCACCCCAUGACACCAAAAGGAGAACUCGCUACCAUGGGCACCAGGUAUUUCUGCUCUGAUGGAUGGUUGCCGGACUGUGAC